AUGGCCGAGGAAACCUUCUACCGUGACCAGAUCCUGUGUACGUUUGCUACCUCCAAUGGCUCCCUCAACGCCAAUAUCAUAAUUGCAGUUGCCAAAGAACACACAGAAAGCGGAAUCGUUGCUAAUCAGAGCACAACAGCAAACGCAGCAGUCCUCUUCCCCGAUACCUUCCGCAUCGUCCUCCGCGCAGCAAAGGCCGAGGGCAGGCAAACCUACGAAGCCGUUCUCGUUGACGGCUCAUCCCACGACAUCCUCCUCGCCGGCGGCCCUGGCCUGCAUAGCAUCCAAGAAGCCCUGGCAAACCUGCUCAUCGCGACUAGCAACCAGAUUAACGAUUACCUGGGCAAAAAGACUUUGGAGAAGAAUACUGGCAAGCACCAUGCCAGCGGUCAGCAUGGAUCUAGUACUGGUACCAGUGGUACGGCUGGACAUGCAUGA